AUGCUUCCAGACCUGCGCGCCCCGAAUUUUUGUGCCAGUCGGCCGCACAUCAACUGCAUAUACGAGGCCAUUUUGUCAACCCAGAGCCUCUUCUUCCCUCUCACGACACCGUUUUGCCUACCUUUUCCUCUACUCCCCUCCCUUGACCAGCCUAUACACAAGCCUCACCAUUACGACGACCUACUUUCUCUCCUAACUUGCCCUGGAAACAGAAUGUGCGACCUGUUGGCCCAGCAACAACAGCCUCAGAGACCGUUGGUUAGCAGCCAUUUGACCAGAGGGAGUAUGCCGUCGGUGUCGAACGGUCUGGCGUCCGAGGAGACGCGUCUCGAGCCGACUGGCUCAGGACUCGGUUUAGUCGAGAAGAGUCCACCUCACCUUGACGAUUGGGCCUCGGAACUGAGCUCAACUGGCGGCAGACGGAGGCAGCGGACAGCAUUGGCCGGUGACUCGGCCGGUGAGUUCGAGACCUGGUCACGAGUCCGACGACGAGCCUACGACCCGGUGGCCAUGGCGGUGGCGGUAGCGGCAGCCGCAGCAGCAGCAGCAGCAGCGGCGGCGUCGAAACGCGACGACACGACCGCUCGACGGUCACUAGGAGACGGUGAAGACGACGAGAAGUGUGUGGGGGAUGUCGAGGCUGUUGAAGAUGUGGAGGAUGUGGAGGAUGGGACGGAGGGGGGUGUGUCGAUGACGAGGCUGGGAGGGGCGGAAUGCUUCCGUCGAGAGACGCCGGCUGUUGCCACGACAGACAAAGUCCACCAGACAGAGUCUCCCAGUCAUACCGGCCAAUCGCCUCUGCCGGUCGGCCUCAAACCGGCCCUACCGGUAUCCGGUCUGUCCCACCAACUGUACCACCAGUCCAGUCGAAACGUCCACUGCCAACCGCUUCAGCAGUCCCCCUUUAUUGGCGUCUCCGACCCGCUUGGGCCGUCUACGGGCGGCCAGCAGAAGCGCCGGCGUCUGGCACGACAGUCGUCGCCCAACUCGGCCAUCGAACAGACCUCGGCCCAACCAGGCCUCGUCGCCACGCCGACCGUCUCUCUUUUGCUACAGCAACAGGCCCAACUGCCUCACUUCACGCAUCAGCAGUACCAACAUCAACAUCAACAGCAACAGCAACACCCUCCUUCUCAUCGUCAUCACCAUCAUCAUAAGCAUACUCAGCAUCAGCAUCAGCAUCAGCAUCAUCCUCGUCAGGAGCAUCAGCCGCAACAGAUGGACCAGGUGCAUUCGUGGCCGGCUAAAGAUCGGCCAGGCAGAGCCGACAACGAGUCCGGACAAAACGGCAGAGGAGCCGAAAAGACAGCGCCUGAACAGAUGGAGGAAGACACUGAAAGCGACGGACUCAGAGACCUCGUAGGCAGGCAGGAAGCGAAAGAUUUGAAAGUGGCCAGACUGAAGCGAGGAGAUGGCGAAAACGAAAAGUCGGCGCAAAGAAAGCGACUUAGUGAGACCAGCACAAGCAACGCGAAAGAACUGGAAUUUUUGACGCCUUGCAACUUGACGACAAGGGCUGCACCAACCGAUCGACAAUCAGAUGGUCUUCUCUGCACAGUUGACCCACAACUUCACCUUUCCCUCACAUUCACGCCACUAGACCCACAAGGUGUCGUCUUCCCCUCCUCUUUUUUUUAUCCCCCACUUCCACCCAAACUGACCCGGUCGACAUGA